AGCGCUCUGCAGCUACGCCCCUCUAUAAAGCAAUGCAACCGUGGCCGCUUGGACAGCCCCUGCCCAGAAGUCCUUCUGGAUCAGGCUAGGCAGGGCUGGACUGGACUGGGCAGCGCGGAGCAGAAGGGAGCGGAGCCAUCCAUCACUACCCGGGCUCGGUCUAUGGAGGGGAGCAACCUCCUCUGUCCGGCGCCCGCGUGAGGGGGUGAGUCCCUGCUGCUCAUUGCACAACCCCUGCUGCCAGCUCGGCAGCCGGAGCCGCCGCUGUCACCGCCGCGCGGGACGCUUGGAGCUCUGGAGUUUGUCCCUUCGCUCCCCAAGAGUUACUUUGCGAGGCUCGAUCUGCUCCGGCGCGGGUACCCGGCAAGCCGCGGGCGCCCCGCGCAACGAGCGCAGCCCAGCCCCCCGGCCGGGGCAUUGCCAAGGCUCCGACUUGGUCUCCUGCCUCAGAGCCAGAUGAAGCUGGAAUAGCAUCUGAAAUCGAUCUCCCACCUAGAAGAUCAAAAUGAAUCUAAAUUCUUCCACCCAAGACACUAUUAAAAGAAUCCAAGAUGAUUGCCCCAAAUCAGGAAGGCACAGCUACAUAUUCAUCAUGGUUCCCACUUUGUACAGCAUCAUCUUUGUGGUGGGGAUCUUUGGCAACAGUUUGGUGGUGAUUGUCAUUUACUUUUACAUGAAACUGAAGACGGUAGCCAGCGUUUUCCUAAUGAAUUUGGCCCUGGCUGACUUGUGUUUCUUGUUGACUUUGCCCCUCUGGGCUGUCUACACCGCCAUGGAGUACCGCUGGCCUUUUGGAAACUGCUUGUGUAAGAUCGCGUCUGCCAGCAUCAGUUUCAAUCUCUACGCCAGCGUCUUUCUUCUCACCUCCCUGAGCAUCGACCGCUACCUGGCUAUUGUCCACCCGAUGAAAUCCCGCCUUCGGCGCACCAUGCUCAUGGCCAAAGUGACCUGCAUCGUGAUCUGGCUGCUCGCCGGACUGGCCAGCCUGCCCGUUGUGAUUUAUCGCAAUGUCUUUUUCAUCGAGAAUACCAAUGUCACGGUCUGUGCUUAUUAUUACAAAAGCCACAACUCUACCCUUCUGGUGGGACUGGGGCUAAGCAAAAAUAUUCUGGGCUUCUUGAUCCCUUUUCUGGUGAUUCUGACAAGCUAUACUCUGAUUUGGAAGACCCUGAAAAAAGCUUAUGAGAUUCAGAAAAACCGUCCCAGAAACGAUGACAUUUUCAAGAUCAUUAUGGCAAUAGUCCUCUUCUUUUUCUUUUCCUGGAUUCCACACCAAAUAUUCACAUUUCUGGACGUACUGAUUCAGCUGGGGAUCAUAAAGGACUGCAAAAUCAUAGAUAUCGUGGAUACGGCAAUGCCCAUAACCAUCUGCAUAGCGUAUUUUAACAACUGCCUGAAUCCUCUCUUCUAUGGUUUUUUGGGAAAGAAGUUUAAAAAAUAUUUUCUCCAGCUCCUGAAAUACAUACCACCCAGUUUCAGAUCUAAUUCCACCCUGACAACAAAAAUGAGCUCUCUUUCCUAUCGGACAUCAGAUAACUUAAGUUUAUCUGCUAAAAAGUCAGUUGCGUGUUUUGAGGUUGAGUGAUAGGCUUAAAAUAUAGUGCUGGAGGGAUCAUAUGAGCAAAAAAAAAUGGGGUAAUACUCUACAUCUUUAUUGAAUAUUACCAGUUUUUCCAACUCCAAUAGAAACAUGCAACAUAUUGAUUGAUGUGAACAACCUUUCUAAACUUCUGAACAAAAUUGUUCAUUAUUUCUACAACAAAGAGAAAGAAAUUUGAGAAAUAGCAUGUCCUGGAGGAUAGAAUAUUGAACUUGAUAUUAAAAAAAGAUCUUAGUCACUUCAUGAACAUGACAAAAAUCACUUGCCUUUUAUGAACCUGAGAUUCCUCAUCCACAAAAAAAAAAAAAAUGAGAUUACAUAAGAUGUAAUCCCAUCUCUAAAUUUUUGAUCCAACGAAAUAAAUCUUUUCAAACCAAAGUGAACAUCAUUCUCCAACAGGUAGAAUACUGGGUAUUGUAGAAAGAUAUCAAAAUAUGGGUCAACCAUACAUUGACUUUUCACAAUUUUGUUGGCAAAGUAAAAUUCUAUUGUUUCUUCCUCUUAUGUUCUUUUUGGUUUCCUCCCCCUCUGCUUUUAUUAUUAUGAGGAACUUUUUGUAUGGAAAUUCCCUCUACCAAUAGAGAUGAGCAACUUGUCUGUAACUUCUCCUGUUUGAGAGCUCUCUGGAAAUACUUAGAAGUGACUUUUGUUCCUGUGCCAUAGGACUCUGUCAUCUACACUACUACCCCCAAAAUGUAAAUGAGACUUGGAAUAGGCUGUGAUGCUUCAAAAGACCCAAGCAAGAAAGGAGAGCAGGGUUAAAUAGUGCCACACUCGAUUUUUAACAUGUGAUAUUUGGGUUCCUGUUUGGAUUAAAUAGCAUUUAGUGUUGAUUUGUAAGUGGAACGCCAAAUUUUCUUUUCAAGGGUAAGAAAUCUUUUGUGAAGCUCAGCUAGUGUGUCUUGCAGAUUUGUCACUACCAAUGCAAUUCUAGGUAAACUACAUCUUUGUAUAAAAACGUGGUACAGUGUUCAUGUAUAAAAGAUAAACUACUCAUGUGUAUUAAAGUAUUAUUCUGAUACUGGACAGAAAGUAGCUGUGUUCCCUGUAAUAUUUUUGUAUUUGAAAAUAAAAAUGAGAAACUUGUCCAUUCUAGUACAAAUUCCAGGUCCCUUUCAAAACCUAGGUGUUUUGUCUGCAUGUUAUUGUUUAUUGAAUUUUACCAGUUUUUCCAACUGUUCUCUAUUGUUCAGUUAAAAUAUGACACAGCUAUAACUAUUGUAAAAUGGAACAAUUUCAUUUUCAAGUACUUUAUCUUAUUUUAACAUAUUAAUCUUUAAAGUUAAACACAACUGUGAAUAAAGUAUGUAUAUAAUUUACACUUAAUUAUAUCUAUAUUAAUAUAGCUUAGCAGUAAUAUGGCAACUGCCAUAUAUAUGCUUUCAUGUGAACAUUAUACACAUAUGCACAUACCAUCAUUGGAAAGCAUCAGACAGUAGCUGGUUAUCUACACUGGAAAAUAUGAGCACCACCAUAUUAUAUACCUUCUCGGAUAUUCUAAAUAGUUUUCAUGUAACACUUAAAACUAUCUUUUAGUGUUAAAAUAAUGUUUCUCUUCUAUUCGAGUUGCUUCUUUAAAAAAAAGGCAUUUUGUGACAAAAUAUUAUAACAUAUCUUUUUAUUUAAUAAAAAACAUCAACUAACUCAA